UGGGGCUGUAUGCGGCCUCUCACCGACAACACGAAGGCAAAGACAGGACAGAAAUAGGUUGUCGGUGCGAGUCCGCAGCCUCGGGCUGUUGCUGUGAAACGUUCACUUUCUGUCCCACCCGGAGCCUCAGGCUGCUAGUUGUGGCACACCUGGAAUACAGGUAAACUGUUUCUAUCACACAAUCAAAGGGCCUCAGGCAGCAGCACUGCGUGAUGCAUGAUCAAGUGUAGAUGCAGCUGCAACAGUGUACCUGUGUUCCAGGUGAGCCAGCACUGAGCAGCCUCAGCUGUGAUUGGACACCACACACAGAAAAGUGACCUGCACUGAAAAACAGGGAAAUAUCAGAUAUUCAAAUAUGAAACUGGCUCUUGGACCGCUUUCUUGAGAAUUUGGAAAUGUCCCAAACAAUCUUUCAAAAGCUCUUCCAGAGAACUGAAUAACGAGUUUCCAAGGAAGUCAUCUGGAACAAAACCUGGCACGGAGAAUCUGCGGGGAUAUAAAAGCCGACGGCGCCACGCAGGAGCUGUUUGCAGCUCUCGGCAGACUGAAGCGUUCAUCGGAGGAGGACGGGACUCCCUGCUGGCAGCGAUGGCGAUGAGCACCGACAACAUGACCAGAAACAUCCAGGCUACAAAUGUGCCCCGACGGACAAAGCGUGUCGCCCUGCUGAUCAACAACAUGCAUUUUUACAAUCCGGCAUUAACCAGACACGGGGCUGACAAAGAUGAGCAGGCCGUGGUCAACCUGCUCCACACUCUGGGAUACGAGGUGGAUAGACAUCGGAACCUACCUGCACAGAAAAUGGACGAAGCUCUGAAAAGGUUUAGCAGACGUCCGACACUGCCCCUCACAGACAGCGUGUUUGUUGUUGUCAUGUCCCACGGAGGCAUGGGAACUAUCUGUGGAACGGGCAAUCACAGGAUGGAAAUUGACCGAAUUUAUGAGCGCUUAAACUCUAGAAACUGUCCCGCGCUGAAGGACAAACCGAAGAUCGUCAUCAUUCAGGCGUCCAGAGGAGUGCUCGUACCUGGAAGACCGCCUGUGCCCACAGAUAACAUGAGAGCUCGAUCAGUAAAUGUAGCUGCUCGGCUGCACACAGAAAAGGAUUUCAUCACUCUUCAUUGCAGCGCGCCUCACAUAGCUGCAUACAAACACCCGGCGUACGGCUCCUUCUUCAUCCAAAGUAUCGCUGAGGUGUUCAGCAGUCGGUGCGUCCAGGAUCCCAUCGAUGAACUCUUCAAAAAAGUCAUGCAGUGCUUCCGUGUGCCAGGCAUGCAGCAGCUGAUGCCGAGCGUGCAAUUACACACCCUGACGAAGCCCUUCUACCUGCUUCCAGGAAACGUGCAGGUGCCUACACGACCUGAGGAUCCACGCGGGAGACCGGACGCUCUCAGGGCGGAGCCUGCUGGAGUCCGAUGGGUGAGGUCAGAGCUGAAGAAGUAUUGCUGUCAGCUCACCAUCGACAUGAACACGGUGAACAGGAAACUCAAACUGUCCCACCAUACCAAGAAAGUGGAGUAUCUGUCGGAGCCUCAGCGGUAUCCCGAUCAUCCCGACAGAUUCGACCGGGCUCAGCUGCUGUGCAGAGAUGGGCUGGUGGGUCGCGGGUACUGGGAGGUGGAGUGGACCGGCGAGGUUUACAUAGCGGUGAGUUACAGAGGGAUCAGAAGGAAAGGAGACAGCAACGAGACCCUGUUCGGGUGGAACAACCAGUCGUGGAGUCUGUACUGCUCCGAUACAUACGCCGUCUGGCACGACGGCAAAGAAACGGCACUCUCCUCGCGCUCCUACUCCUCAUCCUCCCUGUCCGACUCUAGUAGGGCAGCAGUGUACGUGGACUGUCACGCUGGCACUCUGUCCUUCCUCAAGGUCUCCUCUGACACUCUGACCCACCUCCACACCUUCAAGACCAAAUUCACUGAGCCCGUGUAUGCCGGGUUCAGAGUCUUCACUGAGUCCUCAUUGCGUCUGUGCUGAGUGGCAUGGAGAGCGUCCACUCGUGGGGUGGGCUAGAGUGGAUGUGUUUUCAGAGUAAUGGUAGAGGGAGCUUUCUCUCGCUUCUCUUCGAGUUGUGACAUUUCUUUCCUUUAUCCUGCAUGUGCUGCACUCGGGGUCAAAGGUUUGGCUGUAGUUCUGACCCAGGCAUCAGUGAUGUUCCCGCUGUGCUCCUCCCUGCCUGAGGGUGGUGCUGUUCACUGGUUAAAGACUUUAACUGGAACCUGACCGGGCUGGUUUGGCUCCGCCUUCUUCCAAAAGUCACAUGCCUGCAGCGUGAACGUGUUUUUAAACUUUGUGCAUGUUGUAAAUGUUAUAAACACAAAUGUCUGACUGUGCGACACACUUCCUGUUGUGUGUGUAACUGUGGAGGCGGGUCGUUGCUCUGGCUGUGACGCUCUGAUGACCGUGGUUGCACGCUCUGACAGAUGCUUUUAUGAUGACUGUGAUGUUUUUGUGUAAUUGUGUAUAAAGUUUGAUUUGAAUGUGCAGCUGUAGUUCCUCAGUGUGGCCACCUGAUGGCAGCAAACCCUCCGACUCUUUCAGCGUGAUUCACUGCUUCCUGUUUCCAGACAGUGUCUGAUUGGAGGACACAGAAAGUCCAAACAAAUGUGUACUUAUGUGAUGUUUCAAAGAUCAAUAAACAGAAAAGUGAACGGCU